GUGAAGUGGAAGGGGAAGGACCUGUUUGAUCUGGUGUGCAGGACACUGGGACUCAGAGAAACCUGGUUCUUUGGGCUGCAGUACACCAUCAAGGACACGGUGGCUUGGCUCAAAAUGGACAAGAAGGUGCUGGAUCAUGAUGUUCCAACAGAGGAGCCUGUCACCUUCCACUUCCUGGCCAAAUUUUAUCCUGAGAAUGCAGAGGAGGAGCUGGUCCAGGAAAUCACACAGCACUUGUUCUUCCUGCAGGUGAAGAAGCAGAUUUUGGAUGAGAAGAUCUACUGUCCUCCUGAAGCUUCUGUCCUGCUGGCCUCUUACGCCGUCCAAGCCAAGUACGGUGAUUACGAUCCCAACGUCCACAAACGAGGCUUCUUGGCACAGGAGGAGCUGCUUCCAAAGAGGGUAAUAAACCUGUACCAGAUGACCCCAGAGAUGUGGGAGGAGAGGAUCACAGCCUGGUACGCCGAGCACCGGGGCAGAGCAAGAGAUGAAGCUGAGAUGGAGUACCUGAAGAUAGCUCAGGACUUGGAGAUGUACGGAGUGAACUACUUUGCGAUUAGGAACAAAAAGGGCACCGAGCUGCUCCUUGGAGUGGACGCCUUGGGUCUUCACAUCUACGACCCAGACAACAGGUUGACCCCUAAAAUCUCCUUCCCUUGGAACGAGAUCCGGAAUAUCUCAUACAGCGAUAAGGAGUUUACGAUUAAGCCAUUGGACAAAAAGAUUGAUGUUUUUAAAUUCAAUUCGUCAAAGCUGCGUGUGAAUAAGCUGAUCCUUCAGCUGUGUAUUGGAAACCACGACCUCUUCAUGAGGAGGAGAAAGGCAGACUCUUUGGAGGUCCAGCAGAUGAAGGCACAGGCCAGGGAGGAGAAAGCCAGGAAACAGAUGGAACGACAGCGUCUGGCCCGAGAGAAGCAGAUGAGAGAAGAGGCUGAGAGGACAAGGGAUGAGCUGGAGAGGAGGCUGAUGCAGUUGAAGGAAGAGGCAACGAUGGCCAAUGAGGCUCUGAUGAGGUCUGAGGAGACAGCGGACCUGCUGGCCGAGAAGGCUCAGAUCACAGAGGAGGAGGCCAAGCUGCUGGCUCAGAAGGCAGCUGAGGCUGAGCAGGAGAUGCAGCGGAUCAAGGCCACAGCCAUCCGGACGGAGGAGGAGAAGCGGCUGAUGGAACAGAAGGUGCUAGAGGCAGAGAUGUUGGCACUGAAAAUGGCCGAGGAGUCGGAGAGGAGGGCGAAGGAGGCAGAUCAGCUCAAGCAAGACCUUCAGGAAGCUCGUGAGUCUGAGAGGAGGGCCAAGCAGAAGCUCCUGGAGAUCACCAGCAAGUCGUCCUACACACAGUCCAUGAACUCAAGUACGACGACGCUGCCUACUGACCUGCCAAGCUUCAACCUCAUCAAUGAGAGCCUGUCCUUUGACUUCAAGGAUACAGACAUGAAGAGGCUUUCCAUGGAAAUUGAGAAGGAGAAGGUGGAGUACAUGGAGAAGAGCAAGCACCUGCAGGAGCAGCUGAACGAGCUGAAGACAGAAAUUGAGGCACUGAAGCUAAAGGAGAGAGAGACAGCUCUGGAUAUAUUGCACAACGAGAACACCAGCCGAGGCAACAGCAAGCACAACACUAUCAAAAAGGUAUUGGAGGGCUCCAGUUUGUAUCUCACCUGAUGAAAUCCUUUCAAAACAAUCACAAAAUCACCUUUCCAUCCGGUUUAAGUUGUAAUAAAAUCCUUUGAUCUAG